CAUCCUGAGCCGAGGAAUUAACUGAGCAGCCCCGAAAAGGAACGCCUCCUCUGGGUAGCGGCAGAGGACUACCGCUCUUGAAGUGCGCAAGGAACAUGGUCUCGGGGUAGUUUUAGGUCGUUGGUGCAGGACGAAUGUGCUGGGUCCCCUGUUCAGGUCGACGAUGGCCAUAGAAUAGGCCAGAAGAGUUGUGCCAGCCCGUUGGAAAGUGAGGGGAGCCACUGAGGUCUCCUGUACUCCACUAGACACACCCCAUGAUGCCUUUUGGAGGAAUGGCUGCUAAACUUGAAAGGGACCGGCUGCGAGCAGAGGGCGUGGGCGAUCACCACAAUGCUGUUAAGUUCCUCGGCCAGGAUUAUGAAACCCUGAAGCAGGAAUGUUUGGAAAGCGGCAGACUGUUUGAAGACCCCCAGUUUCCUGCCAUUGCCUCCGUCCUUGGCUUCAACGAGCUGGGACCGGGUUCUGGCAAAACCCGUGGAAUAUGCUGGAAGCGUCCGUCGGAAAUUGUGGAUGAUCCUCAGUUUAUUGUUGGAGGCGCUACAAGGACAGAUAUCUGCCAAGGGGCUCUGGGUGAUUGCUGGUUAUUGGCUGCCAUUGGCUCCCUGACUCUCAAUGAGGAACUUCUGCAUCGGGUUGUCCCUCAUGGACAGAGCUUCCAGGAAGACUAUGCAGGGAUCUUCCAUUUCCAGAUCUGGCAGUUUGGUGAAUGGGUAGAUGUGGUGGUCGAUGACCGGCUACCAAUCAAGGAUGGAGAGCUGGUGUUUGUACAUUCAGCAGAAUGCCAAGAGUUCUGGAGUGCUCUGCUGGAAAAGGCAUAUGCCAAGUUGAAUGGUUCUUAUGAGGCCCUGUCGGGGGGCAGCACCACAGAGGGUUUUGAGGACUUCACAGGCGGCGUGUCAGAAAUGUUCGACCUUAAGAAGCCACCCCGUGAUAUUGUCAGGAUCAUUUGCAAGGCUCUUGAGAGGGGUUCACUUCUCGGCUGUUCUAUUGAUAUCACCAGUGCAUUUGAUAUGGAAGCAGUUACCUUCAAGAAGCUGGUGAAGGGGCAUGCCUAUUCUGUCACAGGAUUUAAGAAUGUGAAUUAUCGAGGGCGACAAGAAUCUCUCAUCCGGAUAAGGAAUCCCUGGGGCCAAGUGGAGUGGACAGGAGCCUGGAGUGACAGCUCUUCUGAGUGGAAUGAAGUGGAUCCUGAUGAGAGAGAUGAAUUGCAACUGAAAAUGGAAGAUGGUGAAUUCUGGAUGUCUUUUCGAGAUUUCCUCCGUGAAUUUUCCAGACUGGAGAUCUGUAACUUAACUCCAGAUGCUCUGACAAAGGAUGAAUUAAGUAGAUGGCACACCACUCUCUUUGAGGGAACCUGGCGCCGAGGCAGUACGGCUGGGGGCUGCAGGAACCACCCAGCUACGUUCUGGAUUAAUCCGCAGUUCAAAAUCAAGCUCUUAGAAGAGGAUGAUGACCCAGAGGAUGAUGAACUGGCUUGCACCUUCUUGGUGGCCUUGAUGCAGAAACACCGUCGAAAAGCCCGCCGAACCGGAGGAGACAUGCACACCAUUGGCUUUGCUGUCUAUGAGGUUCCUGAGGAGGCCCAGGGCUGCCAGAAUGUUCACCUGAAGAAGGAUUUCUUUCUGAGGAACCAGUCCCGGGCACGCUCAGAGACUUUCAUUAACCUCCGGGAGGUGAGCAACCACAUCCGCCUGCCCCCUGGUGAAUACAUCAUCGUGCCGUCCACCUUUGAGCCAAACAAGGAAGCGGAUUUCGUCUUGCGUGUCUUCACAGAGAAGCAAUCAGACACAGAGGAGCUAGAUGAGGAGAUCUCAGCAGAUCUGCCAGAGGAGGAAGAAAUCUCUGAGGAUGAUGUGGACGAAAACUUCAAGAACAUGUUCCGGCAGCUGGCAGGAGAGGACAUGGAAAUCAGUGUCUUUGAGCUCAGAACUAUUCUGAACAGAGUCAUUUCCAGGCACAAAGAUUUGAAAACAGAUGGAUUCAGUAUGGAUUCCUGCCGUAACAUGGUCAACCUGAUGGAUAAAGAUGGCAGCGCUCGUCUGGGGCUUUUGGAGUUUCAGGUUUUGUGGAACAAGAUCAGAACCUGGCUGAAUAUCUUCCGCCAGCAUGACCUGGAUAAGUCAGGCACUAUGAGCGCGUAUGAGAUGCGGCUGGCUUUGGAGACAGCUGGGUUCAAGCUGGACAACAAGUUACACCAAGUGGUGGUGGCCCGCUAUGCGGAUGAGUCUCUAGGUGUGGAUUUCGAUAACUUUGUCUGCUGCUUAGUCAAAUUGGAGAUGAUGUUCAGAUUCUUCCAAAGUAUGGAUCCUGAAGGCAGUGGGAGUGCUGCUAUGAACCUUGGUGAGUGGCUGACAUUCACCAUGUGCGGCUAAAGCAGAGGCGGAACUUUUUGCUGCGACGACCCCAUUGGACUGGGCUGCCCAAAGUGCCUCCCUUACAGCAGGCUGAUGGAUCUAAGAAGGCCCAAUCAUCCUCAAUCCUUCUGCACCAUCCCACUGCUGAGCCUGAAGCCUGUUUCUUUCUCUCUUUUUUUGCCAUUAGCCACUAAGAUAGGAGCACCGGAUCACUUCAGCACUCCCUCACCUUACUUACUGGCGAUCAGAGUGUCUACACGGAGCGCAGCAGGAGGGAGGCAUUUCUUUCCUGCUUUGUCAAUGCUAGAGGAGCAGAGGGAGAGCCAGAGGGGGGCAUGGGGUCUUGUUACAUCACUGCACGCAAGCUUCAGUGUAGUCCUGCUCUCCUGCUAGUGCCUUUGACAAUGGCCACCAUGGCAGGGGUGGGGAUGUGUUGCAUCCCCUACAAUGCUGGUCUUUUCCUUUUCUCUUUUCUCUUUAGCUAGUUGCAACAGCGGCUGAUUCUGAUUCAUACGGUGAAAACACUCCCCUUCUCGCCUUGGAACAUGGCCAAAAUCUCUCUUCUUGCUUUCCCAUAGUAAAUUUAGUGGCAAAGGUAGAAAGGUAGAUCUGUGUCCUUAAUUCAACUUUCAAGACUCCUGUCUAAGAUCAUGGAGUGUCUCCUCCCCCAUGACAUGGUUAUGGGAUAGUAAGAUUAACCAUCUGUAAAGCCCACUAACGAGUCUGUCAUUGUCCAGGGGGACUGCUGUGUGGAGCAUCCAAAAAAUAAGGUGGGGGGGAGGUUGACCAAAUUAUUGGUUUGGCAAGUCCAGCCUCUUCCAAAUGAGGGGACUGAAGUCUUUUUCAGAAAUGCCACCACAGGCCUCCUCUUGUAAAGGUCCUGGCCCAAAAAUGACAUGCAAGAAACUCUCAGUAUCCUCUUUGUAAAGCAGCAAAGUCCAGUCAUGCAGAUUAUUAGAGCAGCCUCAGCUAAAAAGAGAAACUGCAGGUUGUCCUGGUGGGUUGGCUACAAAGAACAGAAGCAAGCUAAUUCAUACCUUUAUCCAUACUUGUAAAAAAAAAA